UUGUUUGUUUUAAAUGGCUGCAGGUGAACGUGAUUGCUGAGCGGCUUGUGUGUCUCCUCCCGCGCCAGCAUGUCCUUGACGUCCCCGGCUUGGGCUGUGCGCUGGAUCCGCUGGCCUUUGCGGGACCUGUAGUCUAUACAUGGUGUGUGGAUAGCCUUCCCUUCUCCCAGAGGCCCACCAGGUGUUAGGCCCAGCCAGACGUCGGACUGCGGAGAGGCCGAAGAUGCCACGUGUAGUUCUGGACACGACCCUCAGGACGCCCUUAGGCGAAGCCUGAUCCGUGGACAAGACUUUUGCCAACCAUGGCAUCUGGAGACGACAAUCCCAUCUUUGAAGAUGAUGAAAGCAUGGAAAAAAUGACAGAUCUUGUAGCUGUGUGGGAUGUGGCCUUGAGCGAUGGAAUCCACAAGAUUGAAUUCGAACACGGGACAACAUCAGGAAAGCGAGUAGUGUACGUAGAUGGGAAGGAAAAGAUAAGAAAAGAAUGGAUGUUUAAAUUGGUGGGCAAAGAAACGUUCACAGUUGGAGCCGCAGAGACCAAAGCCACCAUAAACAUUGACGCUGUCACUGGAUUUGCUUAUGAAUAUACUCUAGAAAUUAAUGGGAAGAGCCUCAAGAAGUACAUGGAAAACAGAUCAAAGACCACCAACACAUGGGUGCUGCACUUGGAUGGUCAAGACUUCCGAGUUGUUCUGGAAAAAGACACUAUGGAUGUCUGGUGCAAUGGAAAGCAAAUGGAAACAGCAGGUGAGUUUGUGGACGACGGGACGGAAACGCAUUUCAGCCUUGGGAAGCACGACUGUUACAUAAAAGCGGUGAGCAGCGGGAAGCGGAGAGAGGGCAUUGUCCACACCCUCGUGGUGGACAACAGAGAAAUCCCAGAGACUCCUGAGUGAUUUCUCUUCAUAAAUUGUAGUCUGAAGAAGUCACGGUCAGGACUUUUUAAGGACUGUGGUAGUAAUUAAAUUUAUGUUCCACAGGUACUUGGUACAUUUAGUCUGCAGUGUUUCCUUUUUUUUUUAAUUUUCCAAGUCAUUUGAAACUAAUAUCCCAAGGGUCAGGAAAAAAAAUUAUGUGUAAUCAUAGCAAUUACAAUUUAUUUUUUAAAUAAUGUGAUGUGUUUUAAAGCCAAACGGAAAACAAAGCAGACCACAAUCACUAGAGGUUCACAAAUAGUUUUAUUAUAAUAAACUGUGAAAUAAAAUUGGCGUCUUUGCCUGUGUUCCUGCAGAUGGGUACAGGUUCUGGUGAGUCACCUGCGCUCUCUGAUCGAGAGCAGUUGGUUCCUGAACUGGGGAAAAUAAGACAUAUUUUCUGUCUGGAAGCAUAUCAA